CACGACCUCGCUCUCCCGCCAUUCGAACUAAACUCGAAUUCAUUUAAAUUUAUUUCGUUAUCUGUGCCCGGCUUUCAGUGAAGUGAGAAGAGGUCAUAUAUUAUUUUGAGUGAAAUAAAUACAGUUGAGUGUUUUUUUAUCGACUUCUACAAUAAUUCUUAAUAACCGGGUGCGGUGUCAAAGUGUUAUGGAAAGUAUUUUAACGAAGUGAUUUAGUGAGUCAGUGUAAAUAAGUGAUAUCUGUUUAUUAUUAUUAUUUUACUCGGUUAUAUAAGUUAGUAGACUAAAACAAAAUAUUUCACGCGGGUGCUUGCUUUGCUUGCGUGCGUUUCACUCGGAGCCACCACGAGGACUGCCACAAAACAGCGAUGGCUCGGCCUGAAGUUGUGCGAUGAAGCGGCAGACGAAGACGAGGGAAUGGACGAGCCCAGCGCCGCCAAGCGGCCGUCCGUGUUAACAAUAGACCGCGCCGCGUUUCUUCUCCUGCGGGUCAGGAGAGCGUUCAAAAAGAAACGGCAGCAGAGAAAGGAAAAGCAUGCGGCGGCGGCGUCUGCGGCGGCGGUCGACCCCUUUGUCGGUCGCCGAGGGCCACCACCAUUGCUGCGCUCGCGCACGCUGCCCGCCAUCAUUGCGCCCGGCUUUUCAAUAUUGCAUGCUCAAAUCGAUCCGCAAAGAACUACAGAAAUUACUCAAAGUCAACUUCUCUGUCGAGGAGUAUCAACGCACAAAGUCUGCGGUCUACGACCUCAUGCGCCCCGGAUUUCUUUCAUCAACAAAGAUGAACCCGAUCCUCAUGAACUUAGGCGCAAGUCAGCUACCAGUCGACUUGGUAACUCGCCAAGGUCCAGUAUAGCGAGCGAUGACCGAGCUGAUGGAUUGGUACUUAGAGUACCUACACCGCGUGGCUCAGUGUCGAGCGCAGGCGGGAGCAGCACGGGAUCUCGACUGGCGCGACUGCUCACUCAAGGCGUGCGUGGUACUACGGAGGAAACUGGCGCUGAUACACCACGCCGACUCAGUUGGGAAAGACGUGAAUCUGGAGGUCAAUUACCUCGUUCAGCCAGCAUCGACUCCAUGGUGGAAGCAGCGAUUUGCGCAAGACACUCGGAGCCAAGUCCUAUCACGCUACAGCUGCCGAGAGCUGAUCGAGCCUUGAGCCUUGUCUCCCCUGCGGUCGGCAGGCGAGCAAAAUCUCAGAGAGGACAAGCCGGUAAAACACCACGUCUUCGGCACGAAACGGAGAGAUUUGUAUCGUUUCCUUCCCCGCCUUCGCUGAGCGAGUUCGGCUCUUUUCCGGUUCCGGCCUACCAUCCCCUUCUAGUCCAUCUCACUGAAGAAGGCUUGCCAUUACCGCUGAGUCCCUGCUGA